ACAUGCUGCGCUGCGGCCUGGCCUGCGAGCGCUGCAGGUGGAUCCUGCCCCUGCUCCUGCUCAGCGCCAUCGCCUUCGACAUCAUCGCGCUGGCCGGCCGCGGCUGGCUGCAGUCGAGCGACCACAUCCAGACGUCCUCCCUGUGGUGGCGAUGCUUCCACGAGGGCGGCGGCAGCGGGUCCGAGGCGGAUGGCUGCCAGAGCCUCAUGGAAUACGCGUGGGGCAGGGCGGCCGCGGCCACGCUCUUCUGCGGCUUCAUCAUCCUGGUCAUCUGUUUCAUCCUUUCCUUCUUUGCCCUCUGCGGACCCCAGAUGCUCGUCUUCCUGAGAGUGAUCGGAGGCCUCCUGGCCCUGGCAGCUGUGUUCCAGAUCAUCUCCCUGGUGAUCUACCCCGUGAAGUACACCCAGACCUUCACUCUGCACCUCAACCCCGCUGUCAAUUACAUCUAUAACUGGGCCUACGGCUUCGGGUGGGCGGCCACGAUCAUCCUGAUCGGCUGCUCCUUCUUCUUCUGCUGCCUCCCCAACUACGAAGACGACCUCCUGGGCAACGCCAAGCCCAGGUACUUCUACUCCUCCGCCUAAGGUGGGCGUGGGCCUGCUGCCGCAUGGAUUCCAGAAGAAGACACUGUUUUCCUCAGAAUACUUUCAACCUAUGGGGGGGGGCAGGGUUGAUGUCAUUAGACUAGUCAAAGUGCUAAAAUAAUUUGGGACAAAAUAUUUCUUAAAUGGUGUUAUAGUUUCAUAUUCAUCUUUUAUAUAUGUUUUAUAGAGUUAAACAAAACUUACUUUUUUAACUAAUUACCUGUGAUAGGCCAGUAUUUUCUAAAUAUCUGUCCGUACAAUUUAUACUGCAUGUAUAAAAGAAGAUGAAUAUGAAACCUGCCAUUUUAUAAGGUGAAAAUGAGAAGGCUCCAGAAAUUUAAGUAACCUGACCAAGUGUCUGUCUUUCCCAGAGGAAAUGGACUGGGUCUAUUAGGGGAAAAUGAGAAGAGGGAAAUACUGGUGAAAAUUGUCAGAGAUCAAAUAUUCUAAAAGAAAUGUAAAAAAAUAAAUAUUUUUCUAGCCUUCAGCUACUUAAAGAAGCAAGAGUUUCCUAAAUACACAUUAUUUAUGAGACUUUUUAAUUAAUAUCCCAAGUAAUUGAUGUUUUGCUAAGCUUCACGUUAACCUGAUAUGUCAUGUAGGAAGAUAUUCUUUCAUGGCCAGAUCUGUUGCAGUAGUAAGGUUUCCUAUGUGGGGAAAUACUAGGAUGAAAUUUUCUCUUUAAAAGCCGUCUAUAGGGUUGGGGGUGUGGGAAAAUGACAUAUUAAUCUGUAUUGUUUUGUGUCUAUAUGUUCAGGACCAGAGUAGAUUACGUUGAAAGAUGGACUGGGUCUAACUCAUUGUGACUGAUAGAUAUGAUUAGGUUGUUGAGUAAAGCAGUCGGAAAGCCAUUCCUAUCACAAAAGUAACAUUAAAACAACCUUAGGAGAAGAAAUGGCUUGAAUUUUUCAACUCAGUUAAGCAGGCUCCAGUCAUAUAGACACAGCUUCUGAUAGAUUACAGCUGUAAGUAAAAACUUAAAUAUAGUUAAGAACCUGGUCUUCCUUGGUAAACUGAUUUAAAAUACCUGACAUCAAACAUACAACAGGAGAAUUCAGGGAUGUGAGAUCUCCAAAUGGGAAUUACAUGAUAUAUCACAUGGAUUAUUAUUUUUUUACCAUUUGUACUUACAUAACGAAAACCAAUUCAUUUGAUAUAUCAAAUUAUUAUUUUGUAAGUUGCAGAAUAAGCAAUUGCAGUUUUUAUUAUGAAUUUUUCCAAAUAAACCAGGUAUUCUAAUCUUG